GCUAAUAGCUGUGGGUGAGUAGGGAUCACCAACUGUGCCCCCCAGCAAUGCCUGCACUCCCCUCCUCCAGCACUCCCAGCCCCGCCCCUUAUUCUCACUGAUUGCUAUGAGCUUUUGCCCAGCAUAUCUCUCACUAAGAUCCCUUUGCUCAGACAUGUACUAGUUAAUCAUCCUCUGUAUCCAUUUGUUCUUGCUGCUACCUCCUGCUCCAAUCUCUGCUAUUCCCAGUCUCCCCGCCUCUUAUGUUCUCCCUAGAACUGUGAUAUUCCUGCGGUGCAUCCUAUUGCCUGGCACAGCCUGCAUCUCCCCUUGCUUGGGUUUGUGCCUGGCUGUGGUACAGCUGCAGUAUGGAGGAUGUGGAUGGUCAAGCUGCAGGCAGAGCACAGCAGAUGGCAGGAUCAAGUCCAGUUUCUGGAGUUACCAGUAGAUGGCUCCCUCAGCAAAUCGCAGGAAGAAGCCAUUCCUUUCCCAGGGAACUGCUGAAUGGUGAGUAUUCUGAAGAUGAGGAUCCUCCUGACCUGGAGUCUGAGUCUGGGGAUGUUCCUAGUGGGUCAGAAGGUGGUUCAGGCAGCAUCAUUCUGGAGAGCCAGGAUUUGAGGAGCCAGAUAAUCCAAUUGCUGACUGAACUGGAGGAAACACGAGAACUGGCGCUGAAACAUGAAGACAGCUUCUUGGAGAUGCAAGGUAUCUUGGAGGAGGAGAGACUGGCAAGUGCACAACAAGCAGAGAUCUUCACCAAGCAGAUUCAGAGACUGCAGGCCCAACUCCGAUCUGUUCAAGAGGAGGUUGACAGCUUGGAGCAAGAGAAAGAAUGUGAAUUGCUGGAAGUAUCUCAAGAAUUGCGCUGUGCACAAGAGGAGAUCAUGUCACUGAGACAGAGUGCAGAGGAGGCUGCAGUUGAGCGAGAGAGUGACAUUGCAUCUUUGCAAGAGGAACUGUGCCGCCUCCGUGCAGAGCUUCAUGAAUUGCAAGAGACACGACAGGAGUAUGAGAUGGAGAUAACCACCCUGAGAGCAGAGAUCAAUAUGAAAAGUUGCAUUGGGCAUAUAGGUCAACCCUCAGCCACACUACAUGGAGAAUUGCAGUUUUUGCGAGAUCAGUGCCAACAUCUGGAGAUGGAGCAGAGCAUCCUGCAGGAGAGCAACAGUAAGCUGAAGAGUCACCUGCUGCUGCUUGGGGAAGAGGUUACAAGGCAUGUGGACACUGAUCCAGAGGAAGUGGUAAAUAGUUUAACACAAGAGCAAGAGAAAGAUAUAGAAGAGCUGACAGUAAACACAAUUGCUCAAUAUGAUCAGGUAGAAUCUAUUCCCCUGACUGGUGGUGUGGAUGCAGAGGAGGCUCUGGUCUCUGAGGAGAGCAUACAAAGGCAAAAAAUAACUAGAGAGGAAGAAAGGCAGAGGCUGCACAUUCAGCUACUAAGUGCAGAAGAAAAAAUACAGCAUGCACAGAGUGAGUGUGAAGGGCUCUUAUCUGAGAUUGAGGAAUUGCAGAUGCGUCACCGAUUAAGUGAAGAGGAGCAAGACAAGUUACAGGAGGAGCUGAGACUGUGCAGAGAGGAGAUUCACAGACUGAAAGACAGUGGCUUACAGGCCCCUUGUGGAUCUGACCCUCCUGUUCUUUCCCUUCCCCUCCUAGGACUUAUUAUUGUAGUGGGGAUGCUCUGGUGCUGGUGGGCUGAGACGUCCUAGUGCGCAUCAGGCUGCUCUGUGGAAUCCUGUUCUGCUCCUGGCAGUGGCUUCAGCUGUUGUGUUACUGUGUCCCAGCCUGAGGAGGGGGCCUGACUGAGGGAGGACAGCAGCAACAUAGCACCCCAUUUCUACCCCAUUUACCACAGCAGACUCCCUUUAUGUACUUCAUUACAUACACACUUUCUCCACAGUGAAUCACACUGCACCAACAUUAUAUUGCAUAGGACAGUACAGUACACAAUAAGCAAGAUACUUUACAAAUAACCUAUGCGACUGCAGCUGGUUCAUCAUUGUGGCAGAUCUAAGGAAAAUACACACAAAAAGUAUGUAUUUAGAUAUACUGGCAUGAACAUAGACUCCAUAGUGUCUUAGUUUAGAACUAUCUAAAUCCUCAAUGGCUGACAGAGUUGCAAGAACCUGGGGUGGUGGCAGCUGUAUUCCUCUCUCAGUACCAUUGUCGAAUGUUUAGGCAUGGUGCACUAUAUCUGUCCUGUCCUUUGUCAGGCUGUUUUGCUUAAUGUGUCCAGUUGUAGAAGUAGCAGGCUCUUUGUCUAUAUGUCUGCUAUAUUCUGUUGCUAUAAGGCCCUAUUCUGGUCCUAUACCGUGCAAGAUGUGCCAAUCUCUGUGACUAUCCUUUGUCUAAAUUAAGAGGUGCUAAACUCUGAAUUUUAAAUGUUCUUAAGGUGCAGGCAUUAUCUCAUAUACUGGAGAUGCUUUCUACAUCAGCAGCCAGUAAUAUCAUCUUUGUCCUACUUGGCGUCAGCAGGUGCUUACAGAGACAGUGUGACACAAUCGUGGACUAACUGAAACGGCAGUUUAUGGAAAGAGAAGCUUGGAGCAGUCAUUGAGACCUUAUAAUAGAGAGUUGAUUGAGCAACAUAAUAGGAUAAUUCCUUCACAGGCUGCAUGAAUAUUCUUCUAGUUUAUUAAAAUGGGUUUGGUUUUGGUGAAGGUUUUCCAAGGUGAAUUUAUUUCAAGGAAACUCUUACCCUGGACAUUGGGAACUUUUUCCAUCCCCAGGCUGUAUAAAUGUGCAACUCUUGUAGCUGGUCUUGCUUGUGAACAUUAAAUGAAACAUUGAGGUGUAGGUCAUGCUCUCAGUGUACUCUCCAUACACUGUCUGUAUGUAAGCAUGGAAUUUAUUAUUGUAUUUUGCGACAUUAUUGUCAUACGAGCAAAUACAUAUUUAACUUGUAGUUUGUAGAUUUAAACUAUUUUAUGUGUCUGUUUACAAUUCUGGCAGGGGUGAAAUAUUUAUUUGCAGAAAAUCACUUUUUUCUAUGUACAUUUUUGCACGUAAAAUAGUGGUGUAUUUUUUUUAGAAUGUAAUAACAGUGCAGUACAAUUCUGAUAAUGGAUUGCAGUUGAUCAGCUUUUGUGCUUGUUAAAUCCAGUCUGAUCUGAAGGCUUCUCAAUUCUGCAGUUCUUGCUCAUCCUGCCUAAAAACCCACUACAGCUGAAGCUACAGCUGAGUCCUUGUUCAAUUUAUCCUUCAGCUUUUAUGCUGUGGAAACAAAGAAAUACACUCAUUAUUGUUCAAGAAAUUGUCCUUCAAAAACACAAAUAUAGGAGGCUGGAGUGUAUAUCGUAGUGCCAUUGCUUCGGCAAAGGUCUUAGUAGGCUCUUCUUCCUCCUCCUUACACUUGUGCAGGAUAUUUUAUUUCCCUUCCCUGAAUUCUUAAAAUGCAGAACAUUUUAUGAAUAUACUUUAAAAGGAUGACAAAUUGCCUCCUGCACAUGGAUGAGAAACAUGAAACAGUAGGAGUGCAUGAGAUCCACAGAGAAACUAUUGGGGAUUGUAAAUUUGAUAAAUUUAUGUUAAUUGUUAAGGCACAAUUAUGUCUCCUUUCCAUAAAUUAGAAAAUGGCUUUUUAUCAGUAUUGAUGGUAUAUACCAUCUUAAGCAAUCUUAAUGAGCAUGUAUUCUAUAUAACAUCCUAAAGUAUACAACUUAUAUAUUAAUUAUGAUUACACUAAAAAUGUGCUUGCUGUCCUGAAAUCCCUACACGGUGUUUCUGCACUCAAAGAAGGACCUUUGUCUACUUGCCUAUAUAAAUAUCUAAAUAUUAAUGCUAAAGCUAAAUGUAAGAAUUUUGCAAACAUCAUCUAUAGAAACUCUAUUAAUAAAAGGCAAUAUUGGAAACAUUUAAAUGUGAACAUACCAUAGGGUUUUCCAAUGUUACAUUCUAAUUUGACUUAGAUGCAACCAUUUUUUCUAAUUUUCCCAGGCUUUGUCAUUGUCUUGGAACAAAAAAGCAAUGAAGUUACUGGCUCAGACCUGGUGAAAUCCAGUUUUUAGGUAUAUGUACUGUAACAUAAUGGUACUGUUGGAUGGUCUCUGCAAACUGUCUCCCAGUAUUACCUACAUUUUGCAUGUAUAUUGUAUGUGUAUAUCUAUGAGCCUUUGGCAUAAUGCUGCCAGUGGCCAUCAUGGGUCUGCGCCUGCUGGAAGAGCCACCCUGGAACCUGCCAGCUACUAGAAAAUAUGGCACAAAAUAUGUUUUUUUAAAAAUGUAUUGUUAUAUUACAUGAUCAACAGGAAGCUGCUUCCAAAAGCCAUAAAAGAAAGUACAGGUAUAUGAACUGGGGUUUUCCAGAUAAGGGGUCUUUCUGUAAUUUGGAUCACCAUACCUUUAGUGUAAUAAAAAAUCAUUUAAACGUUAA